AUGCGAGGCCGUGUCUCCCAGCACUAUCUGGAACAGCAACGGAAGGAUAAACAGGUACGCGUAGCUCGAGAUCCCCACCAAAACACCGAUUCCGAGGAUGAUGUAGCUGAAAGCUCCGUGGAGCAACACAGGUGGGAUGAUUGGCACUGCGCUGGUCUUGAGUUCAAUGGCUACAAACAGUGCCAACAACGCCAGACUCAAAAUAAACACGAAAGCACCAGCGUAACGGACCCGUUGAUGUCGAUUCUGUCGAGAGCGUGGGAUGAGAGGUGGAAAUGCGUGGGCUUUGGAUCGUGGAUGAAGUGGUGGCCCACAAGAAUACCAGCCAACGCUACUGGGACCUGGAACAGGAAACACCAUCUCCAGCCAAACGUGUCUGCGAUAACACCGCCAAGCGACGCUCCGCAGAUUGAUCCGAAUCCAAGCAGCAGGUUCUGGAAAGCCUGCCAGUUUCCUCUCUUUUCCGGAGCAAUGAUGUCUGAAUUAACGAUGGUAGCCAAGGUGACCAAACCACCACCCCCAAUACCUGUGAUUGCGCGGAAAAAGUCGAGCAUCAGGAUGCUGGACGACAGACCGCACCCGAGACACCCCACGAUGAAGAAGCCCGUGGCCCCCAUCAAACAGGCUCUUCGGCCCAGCACGUCGGAAAACGAACCGUACAGAGGUUGGAACGCGGUGCUGGUGAUCAGAUACGACGAGGUGAUCCACGAAGCAGUGUUGGCGGCCUUGAACUCGUUGCCGAUCGUCGCGUACGUGGACGCAGUCACCGUCCCGUCGAAGCCAGACAGGAAGACAUUGGCAAACAGAGACAGCUCGAUCCACACAAAGUUUGGAGGAAGUCCCGGCUUGGAUACCACUGCCUCUUCGUCGACCAGCUUGGUGGAGCCGUAA